ACAACUGCCGUUGCUCUGACAGCGGCAGCGAUUUUGUAGGCUACGUCGCUAGGCUCUGGUUGAGCGCCCGUUAUUCAGCAAACAUGCUUUGAUUUUUGGACCGCGUUAUCAAUGCCAGUGUUGCUCGAACUCAUCCGGAAGCAGGCAACGGCACUAUUAGAGUUAAAUACGGUUGCAAAAUAUAUAUUUUCCACAUUUUAUCGGACAGCGCGAACAUAUCAAUGGUUGUGAAUUCACGCGCUGGUCGCGGGUGCGGUCCCACCCCGGGCGCUCUGAUCGUACCGAUCUAAGCGUAGCGGUAUAAUUUUCGGCUACAGUCUUAACGACUUUGCAAGAUGGGGAGCACUACCUCUUGCUGCGUGUCGACGAGCCCGAAGAUCCGGAGAAAUGCCCAUUCAAGGCUUGAGUCAUACCACCCCGAGCCGGAGUUGAGCAGGGAAGACACGGGCUGCAACCUGCAGCACAUUAGCGACAGGGAGAAUGUCGACGAACUCAACAUGGAGUACAACCCAUCGGAACAUCCCCGUGCCAGCACCUUAUUCCUCAGCAAGUCUCAGACCGACGUGGAGGUACCUAGCAGGCCUGUGGGUGACAAACGGAAGAGCCUCUUCAUUAAUCAUUUAGCCCAUAUAGGGGAGUCCAAGCACGGCACAACAAGACGGAAACACAGUUCCUGCUCCACCAUCUUCCUGGACGACAACACCGUCAGCCAGCCCAACCUCAAGUACACCAUCAAAUGUGUUUCACUUGCUAUAUACUAUCACAUCAAGAACAGGGACACGGAUGGAAGAAUGUUCCAGGAAAUUUUCGACGAGAUGCUUCACCCUCUCUCGAAAUCAGAAGUGCCGUCAGACUACAACAAGCACGACCCGGAGCAGAAGCAGAUCUAUCGCUUCGUCAGGACGCUGUUCAGCGCCGCGCAGCUCACCGCAGAAUGUGCCAUCGUUACCCUGGUGUACCUGGAGCGCCUGCUGACCUAUGCAGAGAUCGACAUCGCUCCAGGGAACUGGAAGCGCAUCGUGCUGGGGGCCAUCCUGCUGGCCUCCAAGGUGUGGGACGACCAGGCCGUGUGGAACGUGGACUACUGCCAGAUCCUCAAGGACAUCACCGUGGAGGACAUGAAUGAGCUGGAGCGUCAGUUCCUGGAGCUGCUGCAGUUCAACAUCAACGUCCCCUCCAGCGUCUACGCCAAGUACUACUUUGACCUGCGCUCUCUGUCGGAGACCAACAACCUGAGCUUCCCCCUGGAGCCGCUCAGCAGAGACAAAGCCCAGAAACUGGAGGCCAUCUCCCGGUUGUGUGACGACAAGUACAAGGACGUGAGGCGCUCAGCCAAGAAGCGCUCGGCCAGCGUGGACAACCUGUGUGGGGUACGGUGGGUCCCGGCCAUCCUGUCCUAACCUCCAGCCACAGACCCAGGCUGGGGACCGGGGAUGGGCCUAGGACUGGGUCUAGGGCUGGGUCGAGGGCUAAAAUGGGCCUAGGACUAGGUUUGAAGCUUGAACUGGGUCUAAAACUAGGUUUGGUGUUGGCGCUGGGCCCAAGGCUUGCAUUGGAAGUGGGACUAGAACUAGGUUUGAGACUAGACCCGCGACUCGGUUUGAAACUAGGUUCUAGGGAUGGCGUCGGGAUGGAUCUGAGACUCACCAUGGGACUGGAACCAAGUCCCCUGCUCUUGGAUGGGGAUGGAACCUGUGAACGUGUGGAAACUAGAACUUGGAACUAGACCCAGACCUGGAGGCUGAUGACAGCACGCCCAUCCUCCAGUCCCUUCUCCCCUGGAGAGGGAGCCCCGCUCAGCCUUCACCCUCCCUCGGCCCCGGAGGAACCAGUCCUCAGCCUGUACGCUCACUGGUCCCAACGCUCUGCCAUGUUUACUGUGGGCAGGAGGAGGACUGCCCUUGGCUUCACUUUGGCGUCCUGAGAUUAACGUGCUGCAGCUCUAGGCAACGGGUAGCCUCUGGACUAACCUACAGGUAUUAACGAGAAACAGAACGAGAGGAAAAGAGGGGAGGUGGAAGGGAUGGAGAGAGGAGGGGUCUAGUUUACCUUUAGGACGGUUCUUUGGCUUUUUAUUCACGUGUUUUUAUUAAUACUUUCAUUCUUACGGUUUUAAUUUCAACUGUUACACACACAUGCAAACUAAGUUUAGUAUUUCCCUCGGUGGAAUCACUGAAGAUGAAUCUCCUACAUACGCAAACGACUCGAAUCAGUGAAUCGACCACUUUCAUUAAUGAAGGUUGUACUGUUGUAGUGCGGUGCUCGUUUGAAUUAAAUACUUUUGUACUCUGACAAUGAAGUGGGUCUCAAAGCUCAUCCUGGUGCAUGCUUGGAUACCAAACUGGAUCAACCCACGACUCCAUCGCUUACAUCAGCUCAAUAUGGCUGCCAAUGCGUUUUAGAUUUAUUUUCUCGCCAACCGCUCGUCCAAACCAUUUCACUGCUCAGUCUUGGAUCCUGGCGAGUUGCAUCUUGUUACAGACACACACACACACACAAAAUCCUGCCUUUAAACUUAGAUGACUACCUUACCACUAAACAUCCUCCUUAAGGAAGGUGAGGACUAGCCAAUGACUGCCACCAAGACCCUCAAAAUGACGAGUGUGAGCUACGAUGAGGAGUUCUUGUUCCGUGACCUGUGAUGGCACAAUGAGGAGUUCUUGUUCCGUGACCUGUGAUGGCCACCAUCUUUAAUAGUUCGGUCCAGUUUUGACAUGGAGGGAGAAGAUUGUGGCCACCGUCAAGGGCGUCACAAAAAUAGUUUUAAUUUGGGGAAAACUGUACUUGGAUUACAGCGUAUGAUUAUACUGUAUGAUUCAUGAUGCAUUCCAGAUAAGUGAGAGUAUCCAUUAAUGAACAUAAAAACAACCGCUUAGGACGUCUCUCUUCUGAUGCUACAUCUCUACUAUCUCAUACAAGAGCACAUGGCAAUUUGUUGUCCUUAUUCCAAAUGACUCCUUAAGUGACCAUUCCUUGAUUCCAAAUGACUCCUUAAGUGACCAUUCCUUGAUUCCAAAUUACCUCCUCAAGUGACCAUUUUUCGAUUCCAAACGAAUCAUUGAAAUAAUUCCUUGAUUCUAAAUGAAUCCUUGAAGUGAUUCCUUUCUUCCAGAUGGCUCCCUUGAUAUGUUUGGAGUGCUUUCAUGUACAGGGUGAAGUCAACAGAAUUCAAAGCGAGAGCAUCUGAACAUGAUUAGAAAUGGGAUUUUAUUUUUUAAAUACCUUUUUGUGUUUCGACUUGUUUAUUGUCUGGAUGUUAAGCUACAAAUGUUUCUUUUCUUUAAAGAACAAACCUGAACUCUGAGCCAAGUUCUAUAUAGUACAGUUUUUUUCCCUUUUAACUUUAUUAAGUUUAUUCUUUCUGUCUUUUACAGUAAACUUCGUUUUUUUCCAAAUUAUUCAAAUGUUAUAGUUUCAUCCAGGAUCAGUAUAUGUGUUUUUGUCAUGAUUCUGACAACAAAGCACUAGAAUAUAAUUAUUUUGCAGAUCAACAUUGUACAGUGUAUAAAAAAAGGAUUAAAGUAAUGAGAGAUCAUUAACUUAAUUGUGUAAUAUUUAUAUGAAAGUGUUGAGUUGUGUUUCUAAUAAAAGGAAAUGC